UUCCCAAACAAACCAGGUUCCGGUUUCCCUGACCAAAGUUUGGCCCGUUUGGCCUAGUGCUUUGAGGUGUUGUGGGUGUGGGUGGUGAAUAUUGUCAGAAAAUCCGAUGAAAAGGAUUGCUCUCGAUUUCUGAAACGCGCCUUGCAGUGCACCGCCCCGGCAGUGACUCCGUCCGCCCGCAGCCCCCAUGAGGGCGCGAGAGCAGGACGACCUCUGACCUAGACGGGGUGGCCGUCGGCCGAGCCGAGGCCAAGCCUGUGUCCUGAGUGUCUACUGCGCAACAAGAGUUUGAGGAGUUCUACCGAUGCUAUUCUGUGAUCUCUGAGGGCGCCCAAGCUCUGGCCGCUUCAGCAUGCCUUCCCCUCCGCUCAUGCUCCUCUGCGCCGCUGGCGUCGGGCUGGCAGCAUUGCUGUAUUACUACUUUGCUGCUAGGGAAGAGAGGGAGCGGAUGGCCCUCGGCUACGCGGCCCCCAGCGGAGGGGGUUCCAGACCGAGGAGACAGCGAUGCGGCAGCAGGUAUGAACUGGAAGAUUGUAGUAUUUGCCAGGAAAUUGUGUACAAACCGUCUGAGCUGCGCACUUUAGCGUGUGGUCACAAUUUUCAUUUUAGGUGUAUCGAGAAGUGGCUUGAGGCCGCUCCAGCACCUACAACUUGCCCCAACUGCCGUCAAGUAGUUCAAAAUUGAUUAUGUUCUACACACAUACUGUGAUCUUGCAGGGGCCAGAAGACUUAUGUCAGGCUUCUCAUCCUUUCAUCGGAUUUUGGAAGUCUUUUUUGGACUGCCACUGAUAUUUUCUUAACAUUAAUAGUACUUGUUGAUGGAAAGUUUUCUUAUUUCGAGGGAAAUCUUUCUCAGUUUUUUUAUGUACUGCCUGGAUCAAUGUUUGUGACCAUGAAGUUUACCUUUCGACAUAAGUUAUGUUUGCUUGCCAACAUACGAGCAAUAAGUAUGAGACUAGCCUCAUGAUGCAGGCUUACAAAGAAAGUCUUGAGUAUUUCAUUCCCAGUGAUAAGAUGUUGUACUUAUGGAUAAACUCAAUACAAUGUUGACCUUUUUUUCUAUGUAUUCUUAAAAAGAUAGGAAAAUUUAAGAAAACUCACAAAACCAUGCUUUAGAUCGAGCUUUCAAAUCAACUUGUACCGGUGCCUGAGUCCACCAUGGCAAUUCUUUUGUGAUGAAUUUGUACUUCUAAAAGGUUAAUACCUUUGUAAAUAUUUCAACUUAACUCUUAAAAGUGUCAUGAUGUGACUAGGAAGUAUUUGAUGUUUUUCACUUUUUUAUGUCUCGUUUAGGAAGUCAAAAUUGAGGUUUUCCUCUAUGUCCUGCUAAUUAGAAAUAAUUAUAAGCGCUGUAUACUGACCUGUGCGGACAGAAUUGUGCCUUUAACAAGUUUUUUUUUUUUUUUUUUUUUUUGUAGUCUCACAAAAUUUUAGAUUCUGCUGUAGCUGAUUUAGAUUACUGGUAUGUAGAUAAGGUAUACUUAAACCCUAGUUGUUCUGUGGCAAUAGUUGAUGUCCAUGCUGUCUGGAGAAUUCCGACCUUCACCAGCGAGCUAUCCAGAAUACUGGGUACUGAACUUAAUUGACAAUGUGAAGUCGAUGUAAAAUGACAGUUGCUAAUCCAGCAAGACCUGAUGUCGAUAAAUAAUGUUAUCAUCCCAACAGCGGACAUUUACUGCUACACAUGUGUCCUGCGCUUGUGUAUCUUUAUUAUGUGAUAUUAUGUGAAAUUGUCAUUAAUUUUAAAUUGACUGAUUGCUUGUGUGCAGCUUUGCAACAGCCCUAUGCUGGCACCUUGCUGUGGUUUUAGCUUGGUGACAUUAUAAUAUUUUGUCAUUUGCUUAAGGAAGGUUUUGUUUAUUGUUAGAGUACACAUAAACUAGGGUGAUCUAGUCACCUAGCUACCUAUUGAUUUUUCUUGCUGUCUUUAAUUUUAUCCUAUUAUUUACAUUUUUCUAGACGUUUAUAGACAUUUAAUACUCUCUACCAUAGAAUUUUAGCUUCCUUUGUAUAGAUUUAUGGGCAACCCACUUUGCAGAUUUCCUGAAAAAGGUGAGAGAUGAUUGCACAUUUCUCAUUCAUGUCAUUUUGGUUUUUGAAUAUUUCACACAAUUGUAAACGCAACAUUAGCUUUUGGUGCUAAAUCUAGCUUUUAGUGAUCAACGACCAAUCAUCUGAAUUGUGUCUAAAUUUUUUGUCCUGUCCACUUGUUGCUAAUUUGUAUAAAAAGUUCUGAUAAACUUGCAUAAAAUGUUGAGACUGUAAAGUUUCUUUCUACAAUUGUAUGAAAGUAUUAAGAGUGAUGCCCUUGCUCACUUGUCCAAUUUUCAUUAUGAGGAUAAAAUAAUAAUAGACUUCUAAAGGUAUUUGAACUUGUGCUGUUUACAUUGUGUUCUGUUCAUAUGAAAUGAAGGAACUGUUGUCUUAGAUUUACUACAUCACUUUUGUUAGUAGUGACUCUCAUGUGAUGCAAGUCAUUGAUAUUUUGUGAUUUUACGCAUGCCAGUUUGCCUUCCAAGCCAAUGAUCUAUUAUGCAUCUGACUGACGCAUAAUAUUAUUCAUUAAGACAAACCUGCGUAUGCAGGAAAGCCAUCACCAAUGUAAUGAAAAUAAGUAACAAUAAACAAAUCAACACACGCAA